AUGCACCGCAACCUAGUCGUUUUCGGUGGCACAGGCUUCCUGGGGAAGCGAAUCUGCCAAUUGGCAGCCGCAUCGGGUGUCUUCGAUAAGGUAACAUCGUUGUCGAGGUCAGGACGUGCACCAGAUUCGUCGGAAAAAUGGGCUAGCACUAUUAAUUGGGAGAGCUGCGACAUUUUUGAUCCAGCGACGUACCGGUCACAUCUUCAGUCAGCCACGGACAUCGUACACUCGGUCGGAAUCCUUCUAGAGAACCCAGAGUACAAAGCAAAGCUGGCAUCGAGCCCCCUAGGUAGUCUUGCGUCACUGGGUCAGUUGAUGAAACCCAGAUGGGCGCGGAACCCGCUGCAGCAGACCAACCCGCAGUUCACUUACGAUGCUGUAAACCGCCGGACAGCAAUGCUUUUGGCAGAAACACUUGCUGCUAUUGCGAAAGACAAGGGUGCUGGGCGAAAGGUGACCCUCAGUUACAUAUCCGCAGACAAGGGGUUUCCGCUUAUCCCAGCUGGGUAUAUCAAUUCUAAAAGACAGGCGGAAGAAGGGAUAAUGCGGUUAGAACACCAGCUCCGGCCACUGCUGUUUCGGCCGGGGUUUAUGUUUGACGAGGCUCGCGACGUUGCGGAUGCCAGAUCAGCCCUCCGAGAUGUCCUUGAACUGUUGAACUGCGGUAACGAGCUUUUAUUACGCCGCAAUGUUGGUUGUGUCAAUCAGCUACUGCGACCUACCGUAUCCACUCAGCAGGUUGCGCGCGCACUGCUUAAACACAUAGAGGACGAAAGCUCAUACGGUGUAAUCUCACUGGAAGAUAUUUUAAAAGCUUGA